AUGGCGAAGAAGGAGUUCCACAAGGUCUACAAUGCGCAGGCCAGGCACGGCCGCAUGCCCACGCAGACGCAGAUCCUGCUGGCCACCAUGGGGCUGGCGGCGCUGCUGCUGCUACUGGAGCUCUCCAUGCUGCGCGGCAGCGACGACCUGCCGCCCGCCUACCUGGACGCGGCCAUGGAGGAGGGCGACGAGUUCUACCCGGACGAGAUCCUGCAGUCCGCGUUGGCGGACAACGUGGACGAGGCCGACCUGGUGCACCUCAGUCUGCUGCACGAGGCCUGCCUCACCCACAAGGACAGCGUCGUGCCCUGGACCUACGGACUCAACGGCGAGGUGACCAAGCCCAGCAUGCUCAUUGACAGAGACGACCCGGAUCUGCUGGAGAAGAUGCGACAGUGCCCCGACGUGGACAUCUUCCUGCCGCUGGGCAUCCGCGGCCACGGAUACUGCGAGGACUCCAUCGCCUACACCAAAUUUCUGGAGUCGCGGUUGCUGCCCGCGUGGGCGAUUGAGAUGAAGUACGUGGACAAGAAGACGGGCGAGACGUUCUCGUACCACGACCUGUGCCCGAAGACGCCUAUGAUCUUCUUCAACCACUACUGGGAUGGAAUCCCGGACUCGCCCGACUGGCCGGCGUCGAAACCACUGUACCUGAUGCCGAAUAUUGAAAUGUACGAGCUGAAGGCCGAACACUACUGGGGAGUGGACGUCGUGCUGUGCAAGACGGCCAUCUGCGCUCGCCGAGUGCGGCUCUGGUACCAACAGGAGGGCAACCCGCGCAAUACGAAGGUGCUCUACACGAGACAUACGUCGUCGGAUGUUGCAGCAUUGGCUAGGAAUCGACUGGGGGAAGAAUCGAUCAAGCCCAAGAAUUGGUCCGAUGUCCAGUUUAUCCAUGCUGUCGGCACCAGUGUGCAGAAAGGAACCAAGCCGGUGCUCAAUUGCUGGCUGGGGCGCCCAGACUUCCCACCGCUGCAUAUAUACAUGCAAGAGGACGUCUACAACGGCAACAUCAAGGGCUUCUACGGCGACAAGAUUAAAGGCUCACAGGUGAAGCUACACCUCGGCCGCGCCAGCGCAAACGACUUCGGCAAGAUGAUAGCUGAGUCAGCCUUCUUCAUGUGCACAAGCUUGCAAGAAGGGUACGGCCACUACAUCAACCAGGCGCGAGCGAGCGGCGCGGUUAUUGUAUCGACUGACCUGCCGCCGAUGAACGAGUUUUUGAACUCCAGAUCGGGCGUGCUGAUUCCAGUCUCGCGCUGGGCAUUUAAGGAGCAGAUGCUUGGCGGGAAAUACGAAGGAGAGCACGGUCUUAAAGGCGUGGAGGGUUUUACGGCUGAUCUAGGUGGCCCUGAAGUAUGCGCUGCAGUAGAGAAGGUCUUGGCCAUGACCCCAAACGAGCGCAAGGCAAUGGCGGCCCAGGCCAAGAAACAAUACUUCAUCGACUUGAACUUCUUCGCGUCCAAGAUGAACGAGCUGAGGGAGCUUGUGCGCGGGGGUGAGCCUCCUCGGUUACGCAAGGGGGAAGACGCCAAAUAG